AUGCAGCAGGCGCAGGCGCAGACGAUGGCCUCGGCCGCCGGAAUCACCUCUGGGCAGAUCCAAAAGAAUAGAAUCCUUGGAUCUAAUUCGAAGCCAUUUGUGGGUAUCGUACUCAAGAAACCUCAGCAGGUUGGAGCCCUGCCCCUCCAUGUGAGGGGAUCCAUUGCUUCUUCACCGUGGAAGCUUUUCUCCCCUAAGGCAGCAGCCCCUAAAUCAGGGGAUGGCAUACGCAUUGCAGUGCUAGGGGCCAGCGGUUAUACUGGAGCUGAGAUUGUUCGGUUUCUAGCGAGCCACCCUCAGUUCCAUACAAAAGUGAUGACUGCAGAUAGAAAAGCUGGCGAGCAGUUUGGAUCUGUAUUUCCUCACUUGAGAACGCUGGACCUGCCGAGAUUGGUUGCAAUAAAAGAUGCUGACUUUUCAGACGUUGAUGCUGUUUUUUGUUGCUUGCCACAUGGUACAACACAGGAAAUUAUCAAAAGUUUACCCCGACACUUAAAGAUCGUUGAUCUCUCAGCGGACUUCCGACUACGUGACAUCAAUGAGUACGCUGAAUGGUAUGGCCAUUCCCAUAGGGCACCAGAACUACAGGAAGAGGCUGUGUAUGGUUUAACUGAACUUCAACGAGAUGACAUAAGAAAUGCACGUCUGGUAGCAAAUCCAGGGUGUUAUCCCACAUCUAUUCAACUUCCGCUUGUUCCUUUGGUAAAGGCAAAACUGAUCAAGCUGACCAACAUUAUCAUUGAUGCAAAAUCUGGGGUCAGUGGUGCAGGACGUGGGGCUAAGGAAGCAAAUCUUUACACUGAAAUCGCUGAGGGUAUCCAUGCUUAUGGGAUAACAAGCCAUCGGCAUGUUCCUGAGAUCGAGCAAGGACUUACAGAUGCUGCUGAAUCAAAAGUUACUAUCAGCUUUACUCCACAUUUGAUGUGUAUGACACGUGGGAUGCAGUCUACUAUAUAUGUUGAAUUGGCAUCUGGAGUGACUCCCAGGGAUUUGUAUGAACACCUGAAGUCUACUUACGAGGAUGAAGAAUUUGUCAAGCUGUUACAUGGUAGCAGCACUCCUCACACAAACCAUGUUAAGGGAUCAAAUUACUGCUUCAUGAAUGUCUAUGAGGAUAGAAUUCCUGGAAGGGCCAUCAUCAUCUCUGUCAUAGAUAAUCUCGUGAAGGGAGCAUCUGGUCAGGCUUUGCAAAAUCUUAAUCUGAUGAUGGGACUGCCUGAGAAUAUGGGGCUGCAAUACCCGCCCCUGUUCCCUUGA